AUGGGCAAGGAUGUGAAUAAUGUACCAAACAGAAAAGGGCAUUUGCAGAAAGCUGAAACUCUUAAAAACAGGGCUAAAUUGAAGGGGGGAAAGCCUAAUGCCUGGACUUGGUUCUAUAUUGUAACAGUGUAUCUGAGGGAUAAUAAAACUGAAAAAGCAGCAGACAGUUUUGAGGAAGCAUUAGUUGUUCGUGGUCACCAGUGGAAGCCAAAUGAAAAAAGUUGGGCGGCCUCUGUGGAACACUUAAAAGAGAAAGGAGAUUUGGAGGGUGCAGAGAAAAUUAUAAAAUUACACAGGGACAAGGAGAUUAUCUCUGUGAAUGUCCAAGACAGAUUGUUGAAUAAUGUUCGGGUUGGGAAAUCAAACUUGGACGCAAUCAGCUAG